CUCACUAAAACAAGAAAUCAUCUCACAAGAAGAAGGAAUACUCUCUAUCAAGGAAAGGAAUCAUGAAGACUCUACUCUCACUCUUCUGUCUGGUUACUUACCUGACCUGUGCUCUCAGUGCUAAUGGCUGGCCAUUCUCUCUUGACAUGGCUUGUAAUAAAGCUCUUUCUGCAGUUGCUUGCUCUUUUGAGUUUACCAACAAUGCAAAUGAAGAUCUUUAUCUACUCAAACGUAACACUCCUCUUGAAGGACUCAACUCUCAAUUUGUCUCUGUCUCUCUUGAUGGUCAUCCACUGGAAUAUGAAGGCAUCAUCAUGUAUAGCCUUCCUCCUACAAAGGAUGAGUUUGUUCUCUUGAAGGCAGGUGAGAGUAUUUCUGCAACAGUCCAAAUCACUGAUGCCUUUAGCAUUGAUACUGAUGGUCUCUACACUGUACAAUACAGUAGACCUUUACAGUAUCUGUCAGUGGAUGAGAUGAGUGCAAUGUCUAUUAAUCAGCUCAGGGAAUCGUUCAUACAUAAAUUCGCUCAACUUUACUUGGAAGAAACUUCUGUAACUUCUGUUCUUAUGAAACCAAAAAUAGAAGAAGUAAAAAUCGAUUACACUGUCCACCUUGAAUCCUGUAGCAGUGCUAGUUUCUCUAAUGGUGAUAAACAGAACAGUCAAACACUGGAGGCUCAUAAGAAGCUCUGCUCUGGAUUCGAUAGAGCUAAAGGUAAAGUUGGCAAAAAUUUUACUAUAUCUACUACAUGGUUUGGUGCAUAUGAUGCUGGAAGGACAGCUACGGUUAAAAAAGCAUAUUCAGAUAUGAAAACUGGACUGACUAACACUGCUGCAAAAUACUACAACAAUGGUGAUAGAUGUAAAAGUAACACGUUUGCCUAUGUAUUUAAACAUAUUAAAGAUACCGUCUAUCUUUGUAACCAGUACUACCAAUCGCAAACACUUUGCAGUAAGACUGCUUAUAGCAAGGAAGACACACUGGUUCAUGAAUGGUCUCAUAUUUUUGCCGAUACUAAUGAUAAUGCUUAUGGUCGUUCCAACUGCAAGAAUUUGGCUAAAAAUGAUCCUGGUAAAGCAAUAGAAAAUGCUGAUAAUUACGCCUUUCACUAUUGUGAUGCUGAGUAAGGAGCUCAUCAGCUAAAAGCCAAGAACUUUAGGACUCAUGCAACACUAUAGGACAUGCACAGUUUAUUUUUGCUUAACUGUAAUAUUACAUUGUUGAUUAACUAAUUAUUCUUGGCUUUAA